CGCCCUUUCUAGGCCCCCUCCCCCCGGCGGGGGGUGGGGAGCAGGGAGGGCCCCGCCCCUCGCGCCCCCUCCUCAGGGCCAGCGCAGGAUGCCCCCGGCCCCCGGCAGCCCCCCGGGAGGUCCUGAGCUCGACGCGCCCCCUCUUCGCCAUGUCCCCCCCUGGCUCGGCCGCGGGAGAGAGCGCCGGCGGCGGCGGCGGCGGUGGCGGCUCCGGGGUCCCGGAGGAGCUCAUGGCAGCGGCGGACGAGGGCCCCGCCCGAGAGGAGCAGCGACCCAUCCAGCCCUCUUUCACCAAAUCCCUCUGCCGUGAGUCCCACUGGAAGUGCCUCCUGCUCUCGCUGCUCAUGUAUGGCUGCCUGGGGGCAGUGGCUUGGUGCCAUGUCACCACAGUGACCCGCCUCACCUUCAGCAGCGCCUACCAGGGCAAUAGCCUCAUGUACCAUGACAGCCCCUGCUCCAACGGCUAUGUCUACAUCCCGCUGGCCUUCCUGCUCAUGUUGUACGCGGUGUACCUGGUGGAGUGUUGGCACUGCCAAGCCCGCCAUGAGCUGCAGCACCGGGUGGAUGUGAGCAGUGUUCGGGAGCGUGUGGGCCGCAUGCAGCAGGCCACCCCCUGCAUCUGGUGGAAGGCCAUCAGCUACCACUAUGUGCGGCGGACUCGCCAGGUCACCCGGUACCGCAAUGGAGAUGCCUACACCACCACCCAGGUCUAUCACGAGCGUGUCAACACACACGUGGCAGAGGCCGAGUUCGACUACGCGCGCUGUGGCGUCCGGGACGUGUCCAAGGCGCUGGUGGGGCUGGAGGGAGCGCCGGCCACUCGGCUGCGCUUCACCAAAUGUUUCAGCUUCGCCAGCGUGGAGGCGGAGAACGCUUACCUGUGCCAGCGCGCACGCUUCUUCGCCGAGAAUGAGGGCUUGGAUGACUACAUGGAGGCGCGAGAGGGCAUGCAUCUCAAGAACGUGGACUUCCGCGAGUUCAUGGUGGCCUUCCCCGAUCCGGCCCGGCCACCCUGGUACGCCUGCUCGUCGGCCUUCUGGGCCGCAGCGCUGCUCACGCUGUCGUGGCCGCUGCGCGUGCUGGCCGAGUACCGCACAGCGUAUGCGCACUACCACGUGGAGAAGCUCUUCGGCCUGGAGGGGCCAGGCUCAGCCAGCAGCGUGGGCGGUGGCCUGAGUCCCAGCGACGAGCUGCUGCCCCCGCUCACUCAUCGCCUGCCGCGGGUCAACACGGUGGACAGCACCGAGCUCGAGUGGCACAUCCGUUCCAAUCAGCAGCUGGUACCCAGCUACUCGGAAGCGGUGCUCAUGGACCUAGCUGGGCUGGGCGCGCGCUGCGGCGGGGCAGGGGGCGGUGGCUACGCGCCCACCUGUCGCUACGGCGGGGUGGGUGGCCCGGGCGCGGCGGGCGUGGCCCCAUACCGGCGAAGCUGCGAGCACUGUCAGCGAGCGGUCAGCAGCUCGUCCAUCUUCUCGCGCAGUGCGCUGAGUAUCUGCGCCAGCCCGCGGGCCGGCCAGGGGCCCGGAGCCAGUGCUGGGUGCGGGGGCAGUCGCUUCUCGCUCGGUCGCCUCUAUGGCUCUCGGCGCAGCUGCCUGUGGCGUAGCCGGAGCGGGAGUGUCAACGAGGCGAGCUGCCCCACGGAGCAGACGCGUCUGUCGAGCCAGGCCAGCAUGCGGGACGACGAGGACGAGGACGACGAGGAGGAGGCCGGUCCGCCGCCGCCCUACCACGAUGCCCUCUACUUCCCUGUCCUCAUCGUCCAUCGCCAGGAGGGGUGUCUGGGCCACAGCCACCGGCCACUGCACCGCCAUGGCUCCUGCGUGGAGACCUCACUGUGACCUUCUGCCCUUGGAGGGAGCCUGCACUGCUCUCCCUCCUGCCCCUCGAUGUGUUGUGCUCCCUGUGUGUAGCAGGGGAAGGCAGGAUGGUGACUGAAGCCAGGCGGGGUAUGCGUGAAGGCAGAAGCUGAGAGGCACGCCCAGACAAGACCCCAGUGGGCCUGAGACUGCUGCUCAAGGAUGGGGAGGCUGGCAACUCGCUGAGAAUCCCACCCACCGGGGCAGAGGUGGCUCUCUUCCAGUCCCCACCGAGUUCCUACGGGGACACUUCCUUUUCCACGCACUCGAGGUUUCCCGCCCAGGCUUUCAUUGAGUUUUGACUGUUACUAGGCAACUAUGAUGAGAGACCCGUGUUUUGGCCUCUCCACCAAGGAAGUCACCAAGGCAAGCCGCAGGGAGGGCAUUUGGGGCUUUUUUUUUUUUUUUUGGCCUCGUCCCACCCGGUCCCCUGUGGGGGUGGGGAGCGGUGGUCAGGUGAAGAGCAGCAGGCUUGGUUUCCAACCAGCUACUGAGUUCCCUGGGUGUGAGGAUGGGGCCGCUGGCAGCCCAGUAUUCCUUCCUACACCUGGAAAACGCGGUGGCCUCUUGGUGCUGGCGGAGAAAGCUUGGCGGUUCCUUUCCACCUCUUCCAACACUGUUGUUUAUUUCCCUGGGCCCCAGAGGUCCGGUCCUAGAGGGACUUUACAUCACAGCAAUGACGUCACUCACCACCUCGGGGCUUACCAGCUGUUGUUAGGGUGCAGGGGGAGGGAAGGGAAGCUGGCGAGGGCAUGCACCGGCCCUUUCUGGAAAAGGCCCAGCCUCCCAUCAAUCAGAAGCUUCCCCCUUGGGCUCGCUUGCGCGCGCACCGCUCUCUCUCUCUCUCUCUCUCUCUCGGUAGGUAGGUGCUUCCAUUAGGAGGCUAAGGUGCCAGAGGCCCUCAUUAAAGUUGGCCAGGGUGAGUGACCACGUGGACUGGAGCUUGAGACACACCUUGGAGUCAAGAGAACUCAGUCGGCGGGUGGAGAGAAAUGAGUUGGUAAUGGUGCAUGGAGCGAAACCGGCUCUGAAGGGGUGGCGGCGUAGCUUUUCCUCUGGAAUGUGCAUAAGAAUUACGUACCUUACACAGCCUGGGUGUGGAGCCCAGCUCAUCACAAGCCUAGCUGGAGAGGUACUCAAUUCCAGUGGCAGGAGAUCAAUUCUUGCCAGACCCUCCACUCCCCUUAUCCUGUGAGCUGGAGUACUAAGUCUUCAGAGGGGCAUCAUGCCACAGCCCCAGGGCACCAGCUCCUGUCCUGUCCUUUCAGAGCUUUGACCCAGACUUUGCUCUGCCACUCCCCCUACUCCCAUACCCCUCCCACCCCUCCGUGCUUCCUUGUGCAUGUCUGUGUUUGGCCCCUUGCUCUUCCGGCUGCCCUGGCUGAAGUUUCAGACUUAGCGCCCAGGCCUUGGGCUCACCUCCAUCCGGUAUUGCUCCCUCUGCUUCUUGCUUUGCAAACUUCAUCAGAACUCCAUCUCCUUGGCCUCCCCUCUUCCUCCUGGCUGUGCCACGCCUACACCAACCAAUGGGAGUGGCCCCUACCUAUGCAACAUCUCUUCUGGCUCCCUGUCCCUUCUUCCCAGGGGGAUGUGGGGAUGCUAUGAUCUAUAGUCAAACGGGGGCUGAGCUUUCUAACCAUAUAGAGAUGGUUGGGUGAAGAGGGAGGGGUGUCAGAGAGAGAGGUGUGGGCAGAUGGGAUCAGCGUAGCUGUCCGCCAGGGUUCCCUGGCAGAAAUGUCCACCAGCCUGCCAGCACUGAACCCUCUAGGACCCUGAGUUUCGAGUUUGCCCGUGUGUGGGGGCGGCUUGGCUGUUGGAGCACCCUGCUUUCCCUUGAGCAGACAUCUGCUGAAGCACAGGUGGUGGGGAGCUGUGGCCUUGGGUCCCAGCUCUUGGCCAGCUGGCACCUGGGUGGCUUGUUCUCAUUUAGGGGCAGCCUGGUCACCUCACAGCCCCAAGGAAGGACGGACUUGGCUCACUCUCUGUCAUGCUGGGUCCAGAGACAGAGCUUGGCCUUGGGGGAGGAGGAGGGGGAGGAGUCCUGUUAUUAUUCUUGCCUGACCAUUUCUGCCUAGGUCUUUUCAUACAGACGGCCUCACCUCCCACACAUGCUCAGACUUAGAGAGAAAGCAAUUCUUUGGUCUCUUUUCUUGGUAGCUUUAUUGAUUGCCAGGGAAAAUGAAAACCAGAAAAUUAAUUAAUCUCUAAAAUUAAACUUUACACUGAAUGUUCUUGUUUCUCUAAUUAGAACCUCUGCUAGCAGCUGUGGCUACACACACUCACACCUACAUGUUUGCACUCUGGAACUGUCAGAGGGUGUCAGGCGCAGAUGACUCUAGGGUGCCCGGACAGGCACACACAUAGUCACUCCCAAGCCCCCUCUGGUGCUCUGCUCCGCGUCUGCUUGUUGCAAAGAGUCCCUGGAGUGCAGGCCCUCCUGGAUUGCAGCUGCAGUUCAGUCACCCAUCUUUAGGAUAGGUGGGCUCUGGGCCACUCAGCUCAAGGAGAGUUGGGAGAUAAGGGGCUUGGCCUGAACUGGUCAGUCGGAUCCUCUCGUGGAUUCAUAGGCUGAUGUCAUUCCUAUGGGUGCAGCCCCAGGGUGGGCAGUCACAGAGUUGACAGGGACUCAUGGAGGGUACCUGGAAGGCUGUAUGUCCUGAGGAUAAGGGCUUGUGGGGUGGGCUGGGCCUGGCUCGGGAGAAGACAGAUGUCUGUCAAAUUGGGUGCAUCACACUGUGGCCUUUUUGUCAUGGAAUUCCAAGCGCAAAGAUUGUACAAAUCACACUGGUGGAUAAUAAAAGUGUGGAUGACUCACUGA